AUGACUUGUGGACGGACACUGACGCUCAUCCUGCUGGCUGUUUGGACUUCAGAGAUAUGUCUAGGUUUUCUAUUCAAAACUCAGGUUUGUUACGAAAAUGUGGACUGCUUCUCAAAUCACAAACCGUUUGACAACUCAUUUGAAGCACUUCCGGAAUCUCCUGAGGAAAUAGAUGUCACUUUCACCCUUUUCACGAGAGAUGGACCAGCUAAGGGUGUUAAAUUUGACUACAAGGACACCAGUGUGAACAUUAUACGUGGUGCUGGCUUUGCCGGAAGUAAACCAACCAAGAUGAUAAUUCACGGGUACAUGAGCAGUGCGUACGAGGUCUGGGUACAUAAUAUGACCAACGCCUUCUUGUCAAGGGGUGAUUUCAAUGUCAUAACAGUUGACUGGAAGGUCGGGGCAAGCAAAAUGUACCAGCAGUCUGUCUCAAAUACAAGAUUAGUUGGCGCACUUUGUGCUAAGUUGCUGUCGACAUUGAGGGAUUCAUUUCAUGUAGAUAUGACAAAGACGCACGUGACCGGACAUAGCCUUGGCGCACAGACUGCUGGGUAUAUUGGGAGUAGGGUUCCAGGCAUUGGUAGAAUAACAGGUUUGGAUCCUGCUGGACCUCUGUUUGAAGACUACCCUCUAGAGGUUCGUCUUGAUCCUUCGGACGCUUUAUUUGUUGACGUCAUUCACACAGACGCUGUACCCAUACAGAAUGCUGGAUUCGGAAUGAAGAGACCAUGUGGUCACAUUGAUUUCUAUCCUAAUGGAAUGAACGAGCAACCAGGUUGUCCACCUCCUGUCAGUACGACACUGGAAGACCUAAUCUCCAUGGCUUUCACAAAUGCGUUUGAGUCGGUAGCAUGCAGUCACGAAAGGUCCGAGGGUUUGUUUACCGAGUCUCUACUACAAGGCCCCUGUAAGUUCACCGCCCAUCCAUGCUCCUCCUACGACGACUAUGUAGCCGGCAGAUGUCCGGGGUGCGGCGACGGACCAUGUCCGGUUAUGGGAUAUGACUCCAUUCUUGCCAAUCGGACAGGAACAUUCUUCUUGACUACUUCCGGUCAUUCACCGUACUGUCAGUAGCUAUCAGAGAUGAAGUUUCGAGAGAGAACAUGGAGUAUUCAGUAUGUAAAG